AUUGUCAUAAGAAAAGUAUAAGAUUAUACCUUAAUUUCCAAAGAAACUACAUUAUUAUGUACAGACACGAAAAUUUUCUUUCUUGAUGUUACACUUGUCUGAAAACAAUGCCAAAACCUUGAGCAUGUUGUGAAAUUGUCAUUUUUGACAAAAACAAGAAAAAGUAGCAGAGAUUGAUGGCAUUGGCAGGAGCAGUGUUAGUUUUGAUAAAUAAGAUACAAGUCAUUCUUGAUGAUAAAGAACUCAACAAUCCGAGCUUGAGGAAACAAAUUGUAAGUGCUAAGGAGAAACUAAUACAUGUCAGUACUCUCUUAGCAGAAGCAGAGGCAAAGCAAACCGCUAAACCGGCAAUCAAUGCUGACAAAUUGGAGACUAUGCUUCUUCCAUGUGUUUACUCAUCGGAUGACAUCAUUGAUUCUUUUCGUAUCAAAACGCAACUGCGGAGAAGGAAGUUCUAUUCUCGAGUUCGCCCUUUCACCCAGUUUCUGCUGCUGCAGAGUCAAUCUUUUAAUCGCUUUAUGAAGGAUUUUGUACAAGAGAUUGAUACCGCAUGUGCUCAAUGUGAAAAAUCGAGCGAAGGAUCUAUUGGAGAUGUCAGGGAUGGAGAUUUUGAUCAAUCAAAGAUAAAUGGUGGUGAGCUAGAUUUGGUUGACUUGAGCAUUCCAAAGGAAGAUACUAGGCAAGCUGCUGCAGAUGAACAUCGAAUCGAUCCUCAUGUUGAGCCACCUGCAAAAGCUACUGAAUCGAACUCGGAGCAACCUGAGGGUGCACCAGGCUUAAAACAACCUGCAACUGAACCGAGCACACAACAACCUAUAGCUGAGCCUGCUGCUGAACUAAGCGCUGCAGAACAACAAGCACCGGAACAGUUGCCAUCAAUUUCAGAUCGUUUAGAUGAUGAUUUAGACUUCAUUGGUCGAAAGGUUCAAGCAGAUGAGUUAGCUCAAGCAGUCUGUAACCGUCACAGACUACGUUUUCUUAUCUCAGUGGUGGGUGCUGCUGGCUCUGGAAAGACAACUUUUGUCAGGAAUAUUUACAACAAAACAGAUGUUAUGCAGCAUUUUCAAUUACGAGUUUGGGUAAAUGUUUCUGAAGAGUUUCCGGAAAUGGUUAACCCUGAGGAUAUUGAGCAGAAAACCAAAAAUCUUUUAAUUGAUAUAUUGAGAGCAGUUACAACAAUCAAAGACGAGGAAAAGCUGACUCUAAACAAAUUGGAAGAGAAGGUUCGCGAUUUCUUUAUUAGCAAGCGGUUUCUACUAGUAUUAGACGACGCCAAAACUUCUGCUAUGUUCGAAAGCAUCAAGCGGAGCUUUCCGAAUUCGUUAAAUGGCAGCAGAAUUGUUCUCAUCUCUCGUGAUGACGAAUUAGCUCUGGAGAUGAACGAUCAAGGGUUACUUUCGUUUCAUCUGCAGAAUCUAGACACUAAUGAAAGUUGGGCAUUGUUCUUAAAGAAAGUAGGCCAAACAGAAGGAGACGGAAUCAACGAUGAGUCAUUGAAACAGUUAAUCUAUGACAAAUGCAAAGGUCUACCUCUUGCAAUUGUUGUGCUAGGAGGUCUCCUAUCCACCAAAGAGCCAAGCAGUUGGUUGAAAAUGGUAGAGCGUUUAAGCUUCGGUGAUGAUCCUUCCAAAUCAAUCUUAGCUUUAGCCUAUCAGGAUCUUGCAUCUGAGUUAAAGCCUUGUCUUCUAUAUUUAGGCCUUUUCCCAAAAGAUUAUGAGAUUCCCGUACGGAGGUUAUUUCGAUUAUGGGCUGCAGAAGGAUUGGCUAAUCCAACAUUAGAAGGCGAAACCCCUGAAGUUCUCGUUGAGAAAUAUCUGCAGAAUUUGAUCAGAAGGAACAUGAUAGAUGUUUCAAAGUGGAGACCAGAUGGAAGCCCCAAAAGAUGUCGAGUGCCUGGUGUUCUAUACGACAAUGUCUUUCCAAAUGCCGCAGAGAUCGGAUUCUUUCACGUGAUUCGUAGGCCACAUUAUGAUCAGAAUCGAUACAUCAGAAGAGUUGCUGCAUAUUUCGAUAUCAGCAAUCCUGUUUUCGAUCACUAUGUUGAUAAUUUACGUUCUUAUAUAUCUUUCAAUACACGGAAAGGAGAUACACCUGCAUAUGAAAUCGAUCUGUUUAUCAACAAGAUCACAGGAAAACGAGGGUUUGGAUUGCUCACUGUGCUUGAUCUAGAAAAUGUGUACAAACCAGUCUUAUCAGAGACUAUUGGGAAGCUGAUCCACCUAAGUUACCUAGGGUUAAGAUGGACAUUUCUUGAUUCAAUCCCAAAUUCUGUAGGUGACUUGCCUAACUUAGAAACUCUAGAUGUGAAGCACACAAAUAUCACUUCCUUGCCAAUAUCCAUUUGGAGCUCAAAGAAGCUCAGACAUCUUUAUAUGAAUGAGAUUUAUUUAGAUGUGUCUCUGCAGAAGCCGUUAGCCGGCAGAUCUCUGGCAAAUCUUCUGACACUAUGGGGAUUAGUAAUUGGAAAAAAAGGCCUCGGCGAAGAUUGGUUCAAGAGGCUGAUUCGUCUGACGAAACUCGGACUCACAUGCCAUUUUGAAUCACUUGACCAGGUAACUAACUGGAUUUCUGAGUCAACGAAUCUUCGAGCUCUCAAGUUAAGAUCCAUCGACGAAUUUAGUCGACCUGCAGAUUUAAAAUUGUGUUCCAUGAAGAAGCACAGCGUUCUAUCAGAAUUGUAUUUGUUAGGAAAAGUUUCACAUCCUGUCGAUGAGUUGCAGCUUCCAUUAAGCCUCAAGAUGGUUACUUUAUCGGUGUCACAGCUAGAGAACGAUCCGAUGAAGUACUUAGGAGAACUGCCACGACUGAAAAUUCUGAGACUUUUUGGUCGUUCUUACUUGGGGAAAGAGAUGACUUGUCAUGCAAAAGGGUUUCCAGAACUUCGAGUUUUGAAACUGUGGACGCUUGAGAAACUUGAGAAUUGGAGUGUUGAACAAGGUUCUAUGCCUUUGCUUAAGGAAUUGGAGAUUAGACGCUGUGAGAAUAUGAAGAUCACUACAGGCUUGCAGAAACUCACCAACUUGAAGGAACUCACUCUCACAAAUAUGCCAAACGAUGUCGUGGCAGAGAUUGACAAAAUCAUGACGGCAACUCCAGGGAAGAAAGUGGCAGUAAUUGUCAAUAAUUUCCAGUUUGCUCCUUUGCCAAAGAACUAGUAGUGCUUGAGGCAGCUGUGUAGAGCCCAAAAUGGCUGGAGAAACUAUAGUUGAUGGGAAUGGACUCUUUCUUUAAGAUAAUCAAUCAUACAUAAGCUUAUGCAAUGUAAACAUAAUAUAUUGUGCUACUGUGUUUCAUUGUUUCUUGUUUUCUCCAUCUCUUUAGGCACCCAAAGGAAAAUAAGAUAAAAUAUAAUGGGUAAUUUUCUUCCACAUUCUGUCAACUCUCAUCUCUUUUCCACUAAAAUCAUUUCGUUUCAAUUUAUAACCGUAAAAUUCUUCACUCUUA